AUGAGCCAGUAUCUUUUAAGCCUGGCGUUCGCAGAUUUAGGUGUCUUGAUGUUUAUUCUGCCCAUAAUCAUCUUGCGAGCUCAAUUUCCUUUCGAAUGGGUCCUCGGGAGGUUUGUUUGUUUGUACGUUACACCCUGCUUAGAAACUUUUUAUGGCGCUUCCGUUUGGUCCAUCACGAUUAUUGCGGUCGAACGCUACGCAAACAUCGCCUGGAAAGAAAUACGAAUUGGAGGAAGAAGGUCAUUGAAGCGAUCUCGGUUCAUCGUUAUCGCUAUAUGGCUGUUGUCCUUCGCUACACGCAGCAUACAGCCUCUCGUCCAUGGAGUGUACAACUCUAGUUUUCGGACGUGCGGCCAUACACUGACGAUGACCUCUCGGCGCAUUAUCGUGACGGUGAACGUUAUACUGCAUUACCUCCUGCCGCUAAGCAUCAUAGCUUUCUGCUACCGAAGAAUCGGCAAAAUGGUGUCCAAGAGAACAAGGAAAUUUCAAGACGAGACCGCAAAGCCUUCAGAUGUGAGAGAAUCGUCGUCUAUGGUAAACUCGAAAGCCAUAUUACAUCAGACCAAGAAAACGCAGCAAAUCCUCAGGCCGUUGGUGGUGCUGUUCGCUUUGACCAUGCUACCUUUAAAUGUGUUCAACCUUGUGGAAGUGUACUGGCAAGAUUUAAUUUAUGUGAGCUUCUACAAAAUUCUCAUCUUGAUCGUGGCUAUAUCGACGUUCACAAACUCUGCGGCAGAUCCUUUGGUAUACUGUGCUGUCAGUAGAGAGUUUCGAACAGAGGUGAAGUCAUUGCUACCCCACUGUUUCCAAACACACCCCAAGAAGAGGAAGCAAAGCAAUUCUACUUCCCUCGCUAAGACAACAAGAGCAAAGGAAACUCAUUUGACGAGGGUUUCAACUCGUCUUAACACACAAUUUUGAGCAAAGGAAAAACGAAGACUGAAUAAGACGUGAGAACAAAAAGAUCUGUACUUAAAGCCUUGAACUUAAACUUAUGAUCCUAUAAUAUGUAUAACGGACUGAUAGACAUUGUUCCUUCUGCAUUUGAGUCUCAGUGGAAAAGAUGUUAAAAAUAGAAACUCGCUGGAAAAUUUUAAAAAUUAAAUAACAUUGCAAAUAAAAAUUAAUCUGCAGAAAUAGUUAACACUCCUGAUGCUGAGCAAUUUUGGCUUUCCUCAUUUAUUUAAAGAAAGAAUUUACUUAGAAUGACAUAUUGUAUUACUGGCUGAAUACGAAAAGCUUUACACUGAUCAUAUUUCGUCAGUGCUCAGUUCAUUUUAAACGAAUGCACUCUGUAUAUCGUUAAACAAUCGUUUAAUUAGUUCGUCUCCUCUGUAAUUAGUAUUGUUGUCGGUUCCUGAGUAAAGUUCAUAAUCAAGAAGCUUCCUGUUGGACUUAAAAAAGAUGAAAUUGAGACUAAUAAAACAUUGGGAAGCUGUUAUCUCAUUAGAAGCAAUUUUUUUCUCAAGAUGUAGUUUUUUUUUUUAGAGUUUUGCAGCUGGCCCAUCGGAAUAUCGCCUUCGUGUGUAUUUGCGGGUUAGAUAAAUACCUCUUGUGUAACAUUACAUAACAUUUGGCUACGAAAUAUUGCGAUACAUUAGUGCAUUGGAUCACGCUGAAUAAACUUAUACAUUAAACACAAAGAGCUGAUACACAUCAACUUUUGACGUUCGACAUACGUCAUCAUCGAGUUCAAAAAUUAUACUAAUAUAAGAAUGUAUAUACUAAGUAACACAAAGAGGACUUUAAAGUCAUCUAACAUAAAACCCAUUUGAAUUUAAGUGCCAAGGAAAGUCUAAAUUUUCCGUGUAAGAAAUACCCUUUGAAAGAGCGGAAUUCACCCCCUAACACUUAUAGACUUGGGCUGAUUAAUAUUCUAUGUGAGACUCUUUGUUUGAAAGAACUUUCAUGACACAUUAAUCCGUACACCUUGAAUACCUUCUUACGUAAGUACUUACGCAUUCUAAUCAGCUCUUAUUUUUGAUCGCGUUGAUGUUCACGUUUGUUAGACAACAAAACAUGGUCAUUUUUGAAGUUUGCCAACUUUCUCAAUAUGAUCUCUGGCAACAUACUAAUGAAGUUAUCUCUGGCAAAUUUUUCGCUGAUGAUCGUGAUCACGCGAUGUUUUGAAAUGCAAAUUUAUAAUCGUCAGGACCAUUAACAACAGGUGUCCAGCCCCGAGAGGGAAAGUGGUGGAGAUAGCCUCUUAAAAGUUAAAAUGUGCGCAGGUUUUAGUGCAAGAUCGUGAUGUUGGCUCAGUCAGUAGAAAAUAUAGAUAGCUACAGCACUGUUUCCAGACGCACCUCAAGAAGAAUAAACAAAGCAAUUCUACUUCCCUUGCCAAGACAACAAGAUUAAAGGAAAACUCAUUUAACGAGGGUUUCAACUCAACUUGACACCAAUUUGAGUGAAGGAAAAAAAAAAGACUGAACAACACGAGAGAGAAAAAAUAUAUUUAAAGCUGGAAAAAAAACACUCUCAAACUUAAGAUCCUAUCGUCUGUAUAACAGACUGAUAGACAUUGUUCAUUUUGCUUUUGAGUCUCAGUCGAUGAGAUGCUAUAAAUAGAAAUUCUCUGGAAAAUUUUUUUAUCACUAAUCAACAUUACAAAUUAAAAAUUAAUCUGCAGAAAUAGUUAACGUUCCUGUUGCUGAGCAAUUUUGGCUUCCCAUGUUCAUUUUAAAAAAAGGAUUUCCAUAGAAUGACACACUGUAUUACUGUCUGAAUACCAAAACCUUUCAACGUAUGCUCAGUUCAUAUUAAAUGAGUUUAUUCUGUACAUUGAAGCGUAGUUUUUUUGACGUUAUUUUUUUAUUUUCUUAAUAUGAUCUCUAGCAGCAUAUACUGCUGCAGUUAUUUACGGCAAAUUUUUGCUGAUGAUCGCGAUCACGCGAAAAAAUUGACCAAUUCUAACCAAUAUUCUUAAAAAAAGUUAACCGUUAAAACUUUAAAUUUCUGGUGACAGCAAUGGAAUGAUAUCAACCGUUAAUCGUAAAAUAGCCAAACUUUUAUCCGUUAGCCGUAAAACUGAUCUGUUACUCCACUGAGACUUUCUUAAACACUGGCUACACCUACGGCGGGGGAAAAAACAUGGAUAAGUGAAACAAUGUAUGGAUUAGAAACUAACUUUUUUUUUAUUUGAAGCGUUUUUUCAAAAAAGAUGGGUCCUUGUUUUUUAAGGAUUUCCUUGUAAUGGCCGCAUGUUGGCCUUUUCAAUCAACUAACAUAUUCAUCGAAUAGAGCGCUUAUUCAACUCACCGGUCCUUAUCGGACUUACCAUAGUUUCCGGCCGUUUACCCGCACGGCAGAUUACCCGCAUCGGUCAAUUUUUGCAACUGACGAGAAAAAUAUUUCAACAGAUUACGCGCACUGGUAGAUACCCCGCACCCAAAAACAAAAGAAAAUCAUUAAUUCACACAGAGUUCCUUCCUUGUUUUUGUUGACGUGACAUUCUUCAGCGUGCAAUAAAUAAAUUUUCACACUACUUGUUUUCGAUGUUUCAUCGAGAAUGAUACCACUUGUAAAUAUCUGUUCUAAAAAAAAAUCGAUAUCUCGAGAUCUAUCAAGUCAAAAAGAAAUCGUUGGAAACGGGAAAAUACUCUUUAACUCAAGGCAGUGCUAGUUAAGAAAAUUUCACUGAUGCGUCGGAUAUUCCGUGGCCUCAUUAAUUACGCCGCGCCACGAAAUGAACAUGUCGGCAUCAUUUUCCGUGUGAAUUGCUCUAAAGCCCGCUUUUUCACAAUUGAAUUCUUAUAUUUUCAAGUUCAUUACCUGUGUAAGUGAGAAUUUGUUUUGAACUUAACAAAGGAACAAGCUGAGAAAUUGACAAAGUAAGAAGUAAGAUUACAAACACGAUAAAAACUUUGUUAUCGAGUUUUGUUGAUAUGUUUUCGAUUUCCAUCGGCUUUCAUCGAAAGCCUAGAAGUCUCUCGUUGUAAUGAGCCAUUUACACGAAAUAAAUGACUUAUUGCACAGGUUUUUUGAAGAGUGUCUCUAGGGGAUCUUACCUUAUGUUUUUUCCUGCUCAUAGUUUUAAAACUUUACCGGAAGCUUUAAAAAUGAUCGUUUUACCAACACUUUCCAAUAACCCGCACCAACAAACGGUUUGUGGAAAAAUUAACAGAUUACCCGCGGGUGAUCGGCCAGAAAUUACGGCAAGUCAACAUCUUAGCUUUAGGCUUUCGGUGGCUUUGAUUUAAGUUUUUGAUGUAGUGAAAGUACCGCCAAUAAGUCUUUGAUAUAUACGCGGAGGCAAACUUACACUGCACAUCUUCUGACGCGACUCAAGAGUGUAACAGGAAUUUCUCAAUCCUCGGAAACACUGAAUGUUUGGCCAGACAACGCCUACAGUGGUUAUGCUACCGUCUUCAAAUAUUUCAUGUUCGCUUUUCGGUUCUUGCAGCUAUUUUGUUCCCAGAGGCUUGUUAGCCAGAAAAAUGAGGUGAAAUAUGCGCUGAGAUUGGCUACCCAGGUAAUAGGGAUGGGACCAUCCCUCACACCCGGGGAUUACCCGCGUUGAUCCCGAAAAAGAAAAAACUGCUUGUAGCCCGUUUACACACUUCCUACCAUCAGGGUGUUUUGUCUUGUUGAUGUUAAAACAAAACCGUUUUGAAACAGUUUUUGCCCAGUUUCAAAACACGUGCUUUGGACAGUGAGCACAAAGAAAAGUACGACAAUUUUUGUGGAUUAAUCCUGUAAUACGGAAAAGCCUUUAUAGACCAAAGUUGUAUGUUCAAAGUGGCUGGCUAUUGAUAUCGUACUUUUCUCUUAUGUUGUUUUAGACUUCAACUGCGCUUCAGUCCAUCAAAAGGCAAAAAGAGCUUGCCAAUGUCAAUCCAUCUUCAUGUCACGCCUGGUCGUUAAUGCAUAUUUAUUCCUUUUAUCUCUGAGAGUGACUACCAUCUAAUUUCUCCUUACUGUAUCAUGGCUGAAUAAGGCCUAGUUCAAACGUCGAUCUUUACAUGUACCGAACCUAACGUUUCUAUUAAGUACAUGUAAAGAUCGACGUUUGAAUCAAUUAGGAUCGGCAGAUUUGUAUUCGGAUCGACAGUGCCGUUCUAUCCGACUCGGCUAGUCGGAUAGAACGGUAAAAGAUCGGCAUUGAUUCAUACGUCGUACUUUACAUGUACCGAACUUAAUGCAUACAUUAUACAUACGUUAAAAUAAUUAUGUUUUACCCACAAUUCAAGAAAGUUCGCUUACGUGCCAUGCGCGAAAGCCUUCGAACCAUUCAAACAAUAUGGCGGGAAAGGAGGAAGGCUCGUGCUCCUCUUGUUUUAAAACCACAAAAUAUACCUGUCUUACGUGUAAGGAGUACUUUUGUAUUUUGAUUUUCCUUUGGGAAAUAAGCAAUAAUAGAAGGCAAGCCAAAUUCAAAACUCGUCUUCUCCUGGCAGCAAGGUUGUUUAAUGCUAACUGCAUCUUGAGUCGCCUUUUUCUACCCUCCUUAAUCGCAUUUGCAAGAAAAACAAGCUCUUCAUUUCCACAAGUUGUGCUUCCCGCAUUUUUUUCCGCCAUUUUGGUAGGCAUUAACCGCUGACUACAAUGGAGUUAUGUUCAGUUUUGCAAUUAGGAUCGACUAAAUUCGGAUCGACGUUUGAAUCAACUGCCGCUCUUAAUUAUUCGAGUCGACCCAAAUUGCAAUUAGGUUCGGUACAUGUAAAGAUCGACGUUUGAACUAGGCCUAAAGCAUUGAGGUAAUAAGAAUAACGGAAAAUAAUCGCUAAUCAAAGAUUGUCUUGAUUGUUCAACAGCAAAUGUACAGAGAACAUUGGGGAGAAUAGGCAUUCUAAUCAUUUUUUUUUUACUCAGAAAACAAUGUAACAACGGCAAUGUUGCAGACAUCGCAACGGCCGAGUUUUUAGUUCACUACGACCGCUAAAUAAUCACAAACGAUCGAUGGCAUCAGUGACGAUUGAAAUCGUUACAAUUUCUGAAUUUUACAUGAAGGUUUAACACUAUCGAUUGACAUUAAAAAAACUAUGAUUGAUAUUUAGCGCUAUCGAUCUGUCUCAGAACACCAGCGAUUUAUAAUUAGCGCUUUUGGUUGGAGUCUUACGACGGAGUUUUGUGCAACAACGUAAGCGAUUGAGGUUCAACACAAACGAUUGACCAUUUUAAAACGGAAACUAAAUUGAUUUACAAUUACAAUUUGUUGAUGGUAAUAGCGAUUGAGUUUUAUCGCUAGCGAUCGAUAUUUUAGCACUAACGAUUGAGUUUUAUCACUAGCUCCCCAUAAUAUUGGCUCAGCUUGUAAACAGUCCUUAAAACAUCUGUUGGAGCAUAUUGUAAGCAGUACUUAAAAAAUCUAUUUUUCAAAUGGCAUCUAUUUUCCAGCACGUAAGAAAGCGAGAGAAUAAAUCCGCGCACAAGAACAAUCGGCUUGCCUUGUAACGUUGAAAAAAUUAGGUUAAAUUUAGAACUUUUCGACAAUAAAAACUGAAAGCCGGAGUAGACUCAUUCCUAUCAAAGCGAUCAUUCAAAGUCAACCUCGCUUCAGCACUUUCUUUAGGUGCUCAUAGGCUUAUUGAGCCAUCUCGCACAUGAAAUCAAUAAAUGCACUUAGAAAGUUUAAGCGUACGUGCUCCUUUACUUGAGGGGUAGGGCCAGAGAAAAGGAAAGAUUAACAGAGAAAUAAUUUAAACAGCUUAUACUGAAUCACUCCCGUCUGAGCUGACUUCCGGUUACAUAAAAAUAUACUUCUGGUUACGUCAUCAUCAUCUUUUCCAGCGUCUGGCUAGACCGGCUUGCCUUGAGGUUCAACCGUGUUCCAUUUUCUCACACAACAACAGCUCGAGUCUUUAACCAGUUGCGCUCUGACGGUUAAAGAAACCGUAAGACUGUGUUCGAAAGGUAAGAGAAAUCUUAACGUUAUGUAGGUUGAGUUGACGAGAUCGCGCAAAAGAGGACUAACGCUGUUAAAGUUUUAAAUAACACUUAGCUUGUGUAUUGAACUGAGUGGAAAAACAAAAAUGGAUAGACAAAUAUUGAAACUUGUCAUCGAUCACUAAUAUUUGUGAGAAUGCAUUAUGCAAGAUUGCCAGUUUAGUUCUUGCCGGAAGAAGUGGAACACAACAAUAAUAUUACUUUUAUUUACCAAUUUGGAACUAAGAGAAAGAACUACUAUAUUUCCAACGUUUAGAAUUGACAGAAUUAUUGAGCGUUUACAUCUUUAUGCUCCGCUCACGCAAACACGUCAGAACACCCAUUGCGACGAAGACAAUUAAUGCUGCAUUUGUUAUUACUCAUUUAUAUCAUAAUUUAUUUGUACUAAAGAGCAAAUGCGGCAUGGUUACACAGUUAGCACAAGUUUCCAAAUGAGAGAGUGAAAACCAAGUUACUGUUGUACGUGUAUUGACAAGACAGUGAACGCUUUUUUACAAUAGCCAAUUCAACAUCGUUUCGAAAUUGCUGGCUAGUUUUAAUUAGGCGCAGACUGCAAUAUUCGUUAUACAAGAUAGGUUAAAGGGGUAAAGAAGAAAUAUUUUGCCCACAAGAUGACCAAAAAAUAGCUAGUUGUUUGGACAACAUGUGAUGCGUUUGACAAACAUGUGACGCGUGAUCUCGUUGCGCUUCGGCAAUUGUUACACAAAGCGAGAACUAGAGUGUGACUCGGGGUCAAACCAAGGAUUAUUCAAAGAAUAGCGAUGCAGCAGAAACACUUAGCGUGAUUAACACUGUUGUUGAAAAGCAUCAUUCAAUGCGGUUAACUUCAAACAUUUAUAUUACGGCUGCCGACAAACUGUUUUGUCUCUCGUACUUGGGGGUUGUAAUCAGCUCUGGAAAACAAGCCUCCCGCUACCAAUCGAGCUAAAAUAGUUUCCAUUUUUUUAAUCAUUCUGAGUCAUAACCAAAGAUUAGAUUCCAACUCAAAGUUGAUCGGUUCCAUUUGAUCCGUUUAUGCUGACUCCCAUCACGCUUCUCUAACGCCCGAUUCUGACAUAACUCCUUCAAAGCAAUUAUCGAUCCAGAAAAAAAUGAUGAGAUGAAUUGAGUUAAAAUAGGUUUUGAUUCGAUGUGAAUCGUAAACCCAAACGACCACGACAAUCCACUAACCAUAUGGGAACUGUCAGUAGUGUUGAGGUCAUGCAAGAAUUUUUUCGAUGUCGUAAACGACGUGCAAGCUGCAUUAUUGCAAGUAAGUCGAUAGGACUAGCAGUUAUUGAUUCAGGAAGCGAGACCAGAAAGCUAUAUUUGCUUUGUUCGUUUCAACGUUCACUCCAAAGGAAAGAUAGUUUAGUUCGCAUUUUUUAAGCUUUAAUGGCAAGAUCCAAUGAUAAUUUUUAUUUUUCUUAAGUGUCACCCCACUGCGCAGUCCUUGCUACUAAACAUGGCCUCUGCUGGCAGGGUGCAGUAACCUCCUGUAACGAUCUGCACUGUUGUGACGGAAAGCCCCUUUGUGAUGUAAAUGUUAUACGAAUGCGCUUUGUGUAUUCUAGCCAUUUAAAUUAUGUCAACUGACAAAAUCUUAAGUGUGUUUGAGAGUGUUUCCAGAUUGGGCAUGUCUGAUUAUUAGUCUAUGCAUCUGCAGGGCACCUAGUCACUCAGCCAAGCAACGUAUAUAAACAUGCGAGGUGACUACGUAUUGAAUGCCUCAAAAUACAAGUCUCUCUACCUACAUUGCAAGGAAACUUCUCAGUUACUGCGACGUUCUUCUCUUGCUCAAAUGUGCCACAGCAAAAUCCCGCAUCCGCAUGGCAUAUCAUAUUUGUAAAUGAUUAACUACGGCUGGAUUAUUCACGUAAUACGGAUUUUGAUUACACAUUGCUGGCAUAUUCUUUGCAGAAACUUAAGAAGACGCAUAUGUAGUAGCUUCCUCUACUCAAGGCGAAAAAGCACGUUCUCGGACACUUCUCGUUGCCUUUCAAGCCAUAACCUCUUGCUGGGUAGGCCAGCACACUCACUGAAAUGAGCUCCAAGAGCCCUAAAUUGAAUAGGAACCAGGUAAGUGAUCGUAACAUCAAGAAAGGACCGGUAAUAAGUCCAUUUACUCAAUUAUAUUAAAGACUGUCGACCUUUGACGGGACUUGAACCGAUCAUUUAGGGGUACAUCAAGCGAUCGUAAACAAUACACUAGAAUAGGAACUGCUUUAGUGGUUAUAGCUAGGAAGUUUAAAUUCUUGAUCGGUGUGAUUUUGUAGCUCAGAGUAUAUACACCGAACGACUCUGUUAACAUGGCGGGAUAUUUAUUAUAGACUGAUGCUUUUUUGUGACACAUGGCGUCGAAGGACCGCUAAAUUCGAAUUAACCUCGGGAAAAAAUGUCUAGUGAAAUAUUUCUAUCAAAGGCGAGCGUUUCAAUUAAAUUUGCGAAGGAGGUGUCCGCUCCAGAAAGUUAAUUCUGGCCCUUUGAUUUGUUGCUGCCUAUUUUGUAUUUAUAAACCGACCAAACACAGGCAGCUGGCCGGCAACAGCUUGCAAGUUGAUCAAAUACACUCCAAAGAAAAACAGCACUUCAAGACCACACACAAACAAACACUGAACAGGUUAUCCAACUACUCAAAAGUGAAUAAGUCUUAAAGAGAAAGCAGGCCUUAGUGUUUGUAUGCCGUCUCUGUUAAAUUUGAUCCGAUGGAAAUAACAUGCUUUAGUCGACUCUAAUCAUUGUAUUGUUUUCAUUCUUUCACUGUUAUAGUACCAGGAUUUACUUCUUUGUUUCACUAUGCAGAUCUCUCUCAGGAAUUAAUGAUAUCGAUCCGUCUCCUGCCACAUACGUUUCCAGUUUUUAAAUUUGAAAUUAAAGAUGUCGGAGCGUUUCGCUUUUCUUUUUCUUUCUUUCAUCACAAAUUUAAAAAUAGAAAUGGCCGUUGAAUUUACCGACGUCAAAAAUGUGGUCACGCAAUAAUCACAUGAUAAGUGCUUUUAAUCGAAGACCGGAAUUCUUGGCCUUCCUGUUUACCGUGUUAACUGUUACAACAUUGUUUCCAUUUCCGGUUUGUUCAUUGUGAUAUUCUAUGGGUCGUGUUCGAACGCGGUGAGUAAACAACCUCGGACGAGACUCUUGUAUGAAGGAAGCAUGCAGGUCUCAUACUUUUAUCACUCUGUCGUCCCAAGUCUCGUAGCCUCGAUGUUGAGUGAUCUCGCCUACGAGUUUAGACAUAUGCAGGUGUAAAGGUUACUCCAAACCUUCGCGAAUCAACUUUAGCCGAUUUUUUUUUAUAUAUAAAGAUAGUUAUAUAACAGAAGGAACGUUAACAGAGUCUGUUAUCACUGCGACACCCCCUUAAGUGUGCUUUGUUUACAAAAAGUUUCCCAGUUACUUAGGGUGGAUUAAGUCUUGUUUUAAGCAUUCUAGAGCACCUCCCUCUUCCCUCAGCAGGAACUGAGCCUCCCAAACUCUUACUCGCUCCACUUAUCUUACCUCCCUUCUCCUUCUCUUGAUUUCAGCUUGAGGCCAAUGUAAAUAUUCUGAAGGAAGAAAUCAAACGACUUCACAAGGAAAUAUUUCAAGUCAGGACAGAAUUGAAGAUACAAAGAGCGAGAACUCUGGACUUGACUUAUGAUUUACAAGAGAAAGAGCAGGAGCUAGAACAGCGAAAGAAAGAUUAUGAUCAAGAGAUAAAUGACAUUAUUUCCAAACUUCUUCUCCUAGAAGGGGAUUUUCGAAAGGAGCAAGCAGAGAUCAAGACACUUCUCGAAGCUAGGGAAGUCACAAUCGAGUCGCUGUACAACGAAGUCACCACAAAAGACAAGCAGAUCGAAUCACUGCGAAAGAAAAUAGAUUUGUUAAAAUCGCAGCCUGAAAAAGACGAUAGACUAAAACUGGAGAAGAAAUUGCACUCACAGAAGUUAGAAAUUGACAAUCUUCGGAACGCAAAUGCUCGUUUAUUAGAGUCUUUGUCUCAUGUCAGACUCAAUACGCAUAGCAAUCGUCAAGCGAGAUUACGGAGAAGUUCUACGCCAGCAAGCCGCGGGCAUGGAAGAAAUCAGCUGAAUAAUUCAGAAAUGCCGGAAUGGAAGGAGGAACUUUCAGCUUUUUUCUAACCUGUUCAUUACUUGAAAAUACGUGUCAUUCUUCUUAUAGGUCGGCAUUAUUUAAAACAUAUGUCGGCUAUUGAUUAAGUUGGGAUUCUUGCCAUUUUUCUCGUUUGUAAGACUUUUUCAAAACCAGAGCGACGGGCGGAUAGAGAGCUUCGCGCGAUUCAAGGGAGAACGCGCGAGUAAGGAACAACUCCCAUUUUUCCACUCGUGUCCAUAAUUCUAAAUGAAACUGUCUAAGAUAUUUCGUACUCAGACAUCUAUGUGUUAUCUAUAAAUAAUGUAUAAAUUAGAGAUAAAUAUAUCGAUUGCAUGGAAAAAUAUGUUCAAAGAACAGUGAAUAUAUCGAAAUAUCUAGUGAAUCUCAGAGCUUAAAAAUGUCAGGAUGAGGUGUCUUGAUGGAGGCCUCAAGGUAUUAACUGGUUUUUUCUUCUGAGUCAAAGAACACGUGGGGGACGACUAAGGUUAUCAUCGACACACCGGUGUGGGUCGCUGUGUGUUUAAAUGUGUUGGUGUUAUCCAAAGUAUAGACACUGCUCAAGUGCGAAUUUAAGACAAUUCUACUUCUUUUACCAAUAGAAAUUUUAUGGGGAAAAUAUUGAGUUCACAUAGUUCCUUCCGUUAUCCAUUACAGAAGAAUAAAGAUAAGAUUUAC